AUGGCUUACCCACUGAUCGCGUUGUUGGUGGCUUCGCUGGCCGUUCAGGCAUCCGCGUCUGCACAGCAAGCCCAGGAUGGCUGCAUCACGAACUUCGAUCCCACUGUGAACUAUUUUCCGGACCAGUACCAGGACGAGCCGUUCGCUCUGCCGAUCAGCCAGACUAUCGUGGAGAAAGCGAAUGACUUUACUGUGCAGUACGGUAACUAUUACAAGGUCGUUAAGAACAGCUACGAUGAUACCACCUACGUCCUCUAUCAGAUGCUGGGCGUGACCAGCCUUCUCAACGAGACGAGCAGCUACUCUGUAGCUCCAUGCGUUCAGAAGCUCGUGGCUGACGGUGCCAUGAAGGUUUUCAAUGAGAGCGACGGUCUUUUCCCUGGUGCGGUUUUCACCGGAAUGAACACCAUGAAGCCAUUUCCCAAGAACUAUGUCUCGCUGGACACGUCGACCGACCCUGGGCCACUCAAGGAUUCGUGGACCGUCUCCGGUGCUGCGUACAAGCUUCAGUAUGUUGCGGACGCUGGUGGUGUGAGCCCCGCCAAGGCGUUUUUGAGGACCUACAACAUGUCUCUUCCAUCUGAUAAGAAGGCUUUCCAGUCACUGCUAACGACUCUUGACAUCGUCAUUGACGAGACCUACCUUAUGACUGGCCCGUCAGGCUACAGCAUUGAUGCUUUUGCCCUGAAUGCUGGCAUCUCUGUGACUGAUACCGCCACCUACAAGUUCCUUGUCACUCCCAAUGUCUGGAGCAUGUAUGGCCGCGCCACUGGAGCCCCCAACUACGCCACUGACUGGUACGAGAGCGCCAUUGCUCAGCCCCAGGUGGUCCUUGCUGAGCUGAUAUCGAUCAUGCAUCCUGGCGACGUGACCGUUCCCGAGAAGUACUAUUUCUACAAUGUUGCCCAGUUGGAGACGGGUGCCGUGGUCUCUGCAGCCAACUGCACAACCCUGGACCCCACGGAGGUGGUUAACCCCAUCAUCCCUGCCUGCUCAGCUACCAUUACUCCUGAGGUUCCAGGAAUGGCAUCCCCUCCUGCUACCCCUCCCAGCUCAUCCCCUCCCAUCUCACCUCCUCCAAGCCCCACUCCCAGCUCGCCCCCACCUGCCCCCAAGGCUGCUGCAUCCUCUGGCUCCCUGCUUGGCGCUGGUCUAGCUGCCCUUCUUGCAGCUACUAUUGCAGCAUUGGUCUAG